AUGGUCGCCCAAGAACAAUCAGGGAUCCUUUCUGGGCAUAACCCAAUGACUUAUAAUAAAAAUGAUCCCAUAGUAUUGUUCAUAGUACAGGUUAUAAGCAUUAUUGUAGUUACGCGCGCCAUUUAUCUGGCACUCAUGUGGUUUCGUCAGCCACGCGUCAUCGCGGAGGUUAUUGGUGGCAUCGUACUCGGUCCGUCGGUGUUGGGACGCAUUCCGGGAUUUGAGGCCACACUCUUUCCUGUCGAAUCAAUGCCUAAUUUAAACCUACUUGCAAAUUUGGGUUUGGUUCUUUAUUUGUUUAUUAUCGGUGUUGAAUUAAAUCCAAGACUUUUGUUAAAGAACGUGAGGGUCGCCUUGACAAUUUCUGCUGCUGGAAUCGCAUUUCCAUUUAUUCUUGGUAUCGGCGUUGGUUAUGGAAUGUACAAAAGUUUAAAUAAUGACGGGGUGUCGUUCACCAGUUUUUUGCUUUUCAUCGGAGUGGCUAUGUCUAUCACGGCUUUUCCCGUACUUGCGCGAAUUUUAUCAGAACUUCGACUUUUACGCACUCCAGUAGGAUUUACCGCUCUUACUGCCGGUGUUGGUGAUGACGUAGCUGCGUGGAUACUGCUUGCCUUGGUGGUUUCCAUCAUUAAUUCAUCAAAUAAUCUUAAUGCGUUAUACGUGUUAUUACUUGCAAUCGCUUGGGUAGGAGUCGCCAUAUUUAUCAUACGUCCCAUACUGUUAAAACUUAUCGUCAGAACGGGUAGUGAAAAUGGACCCACCAUGAUCAUGAUGGCCAUUACAUUGUGCCUUGUUUUAAUCUCCGCAUUCUAUACGGACAUCAUUGGAAUCCACUCAAUAUUCGGUGGCUUCAUAAUUGGAGUCAUUAUACCCCACGAGGGUGGGUUUGCAGUUGGUAUUACCGAAAAAAUCGAAGACCUAAUUAGUGUCCUGCUUUUACCAAUCUAUUUUACAUUGUCUGGACUGAGAACUGAAAUCGGUCUUCUUAAUGACGCAACAUCUUGGGGUUUCGUAAUUUUAGUGAUCGUGAUCGCCAUGUUCGGAAAAAUAACUGGUUGCGCGUUGGCCGCUAGGUUAAACAAGUUAGAAUGGAGGGAAUCCCUCACUAUUGGUAUUUUUAUGAGUUGUAAAGGACUUGUUGAAUUGAUCGUUCUCAAUAUUGGGUAUGAAGCCAAAAUUCUUAAUCCUAAGGUUUUUGUGAUCAUGGUUGUCAUGGCUCUCAUAACGACAUUCUUGACAACUCCCCUUGCAACCUAUGUAUAUCCUUAUGAAUAUCAAAAAAAGAUGGAGAUUCGGCGCGCUAAAGCUCGUGACAGUGAGCAAGGACAAAGUCAAAUUGAUGGUUCUCACAAAGGAGACGACGCUGUGACUUUCUCAGAGAAAAAAAAAUUGAUGGUCGUCGUUAACAAAGUUGAAGAUCUCCCGGCAAUGAUGACCCUCGUUCAGAUAUUACAAUCUCAAUUCGUCCUCGAUUCUUUGAAUUCCGAAAAAUCAGAAAAACAACCCGAAAAUCAGAUCGAAAUUCGUAGAAAUUCAUCUCAAGGAGUAGUGCACGUUUUGCGCCUCGUCCAAUUGACACAGCGUAUUUCGGCAGUCAUGAAAUUCAAUGAAACGGAAGAGACGAUUUUGCAUGAUCCAAUAAUGAACGUUUUCCGCGCAUUUGGACGAUUGAAUCUUGUAAAGGUCAAAGCCAAUUUGGCCGUGACUGCGCGACACGAAUUUCAUCAGCAAGUUUUAGAAAAUGCAAGAGAGAAUGAUUGCAACAUGGUCGUAAUACCAUGGGGUGGUGCUGGUGCAAUUGUUGAUAAUCCCGCGGAUCCACUGGAAGAUGUUUUAGGACCACGGCAAUUGAAAGAAACGAGCCCACAACAUGCUCACUUUAUCCAGGAGUCGUUCCAUCAUCUAUUAAAUGUUUCACCUAUGGCCGUAUUCAUUGAUCGCGGUCUUGGGGUGUCUAGUGAACAUGGAGCUUUGGACAUUCAUAUAUUUUUGCCCUUCUUUGGCGGUUCUGAUGACCGCGAAGCGCUUUCGUUUGUUAUUCGAUUACUGGAUAACCCUCAUAUUACGGUCAGUGUAUUGAAAAUAACAAGAUCUUUGGUGCCCACUCAUGAUGAUGUGAUCCUUCAACCUUCAACUUUGAAAGAAGUUGAGUCACCCGCGAUUACUGUUGAAGAAGGCGAUCAACGACCCUCGCUCCCACACAGAGUUUCAACGGCAUCCGCACAUGUCCUUCAUUCAAGUGCACUUGAUGAAUCUCAUGCAGCCGAUAAAGCGUUGUUGGCGCAAUAUUUGAAAUUGCAAUCGACGAAACAUACGCAUGCUCAAUUCGCUGAAGUCAUCUCUGCCACACCACUGCAAACUGCAGUUGAACGUGCAAAGAAUGUGGUUGGUACGAAAGAUUUGGUUGUUUUAGGACGCGGAAGGCAAGAAGCAGCAGUAAAUCAUAGAGGUGAAUUUUUGGAAGUGAUCAAGAACAUAGGUAUAUCGUUUGGUGGGGAUACUCGUAAAUCAUUAGGUGACGUCGCCGUGUCUUUCUUAGUCGGUGAGGUUGCUUCAAGUAUUCUAGUUAUUCAAUCCAAGAAAUCCGUUGAUGCACCUAAAUAA